AUGAUCCUUUGCGUGAAUCUAUUUGCGAUAAGGUCUAUACCCAACUCCACAGAGCCAAGCCACUUCGUAAGGGACAUGUCCGGCCGGAGACACGGGCCCGGCAUGCACGGCCGGAGCCUACAAACACUCUCUCCGUAGCGGCACUCAUUCACUCACUGUCAUCGUCAACAAAACCCCACAAAACUCACCUGAAUUCCGCCACAAACAAAUAUCACCACGUUUCAAUCUAAAACUGGAAAAAACAUACAAUCACAAAUCUUCGCAAAGAAAGAUGAGAAGUUAAAUGAAUACUACAAAAUUCAAAAAAUAGGGUUAGAAAAUAGAGUUGGAAGUGGAAUCGCAGAGCGGUACCGAGCCGCAACAAGCGCCAACUAGCAAGUGUGCAGUGCACUUGCUUAUCGAUAUCGAUGCUUGGCCUGGCGGCGCGGCGCGGCCGGGGUGCGCCGGCCAAUUCGUUGGGAGGGCCACGUACAGCUUGCGCUCGCAAAUGUUCAGCGUAAGGGGGCGCUAUUCCACUUGUUAAAAUGGACCAUUGAAAUAUUCAUUGGCCGUGUGCCUCUCGCUCAGACAUGCUGCCCGCGUUUAGCUCACGACUUCCCGCGGUCGCUACACGUACACCCGCGACGAAGUGUCAAGUUUACCGAGAGCGGCACUGUAUAAACUCUGAAGGAAACUACACUUGUUUUUGUGAUUCUGGCUUCAUGGGAGAUGGAAAUACAUGUAUUGAUGUGGAUGAGUGCAUGUCUCAAACUCCAUGCUCCAUGAAUGCAAAUUGUACAGAUAUAACAGGCUCAUUCACCUGCACAUGUCAUUCUGGAUACACUGGAGAUGGAUUCAAUUGUGUUGAUAUCGAUGAAUGUGAACUUGGAAGCGGUAACUGUCAUAUGAAUGCUGACUGUAUCAACAAUAAUGGAAGCUUCUAUUGUCUUUGUGAUCCUGGCUUUUCAGGAGAUGGACUUACAUGUGAAAAUAUUGACGAAUGUGACUCAAUGCCUUGUGGAGAAAAUGCUGACUGUACAGACGAUGAUGGUUCGUUCACAUGCUCCUGUCAAUUAGGAUACCAAGGAGAUCCUUAUAUGAGUUGCAUCGACAUCAAUGAGUGCCAGAACCCAGCAUUGUUCUCAUGUCAUGCACUCGCAUCUUGUGUAAACACUCCUGGUAACUUCACGUGUGAAUGUGAUGAGGGCUACGAGGGUGAUGGGACUAAUGAUUGCUCAGAUCGUAAUGAAUGUGAUGACAUCCUUGAGUUUUGUGGACCUUCUAGCACCUGUGUAAACUCUGACGGAUCCUAUGAAUGUAUGUGCCUUGAAGGUUUCUUGAAAGAGUCUGUGGACAGUAAUUGUACUGAUUUUAAUGAAUGUGACACCGUUCAAAACACCUGUCCCCCUGAUGUCUCUACAUGCACUAACAUAGAUGGUGAUUUCAACUGUACAUGUGACGUAGGGUAUGAUAAUGACACACCCAAAUCUUGCAUUGACAUAAAUGAGUGUGACGAUGGUACAAACAACUGUACAGUCAGUGAAGAUUGUAUCAAUGUUGUUGGAGGUUUUAGGUGUAUUUGCAGCGAAAACUUCACUGAAAUUGAUGGAAGCUGUGAAGCUUCAUUAUCUUUGGAAUUGAGAGUGAGAUUUGAAGCUAUCCUGGGACUUGUUGUUCCAGCCAGCCCAACUGUUCUUGAUUCUUCUGCAAAUCUUAAUCAAUUUGAAGCAGAUAUGCUCUCAUUCCUUCAAAGUACUUCAGAACUUGGAUUAAACAGCCUUGCUGUAACAGUACUAAAUGUGAAUGUGACCGGUCAGUAUGCAUAUGUAGACUUCAGGGUUGAUGUCAACACAACGUUGAGUAUGAAUAACAUGGAGUUAGAAUCAGUGUUUUUCAAUUCUCUUCCGGAUAACCAGCGGUUUGGAUCCCUUGCCCAACAAAAUGUGGUUAGUCAAGAGGAUGUUGAUGAAUGUAUGGAUGAUACUGAGCUUUGCAGCAAUGGAACUUGUACAAACACUAUUGGAUCUUUCUUCUGCACAUGCAAUGAAGGAUAUAUGGAAGAUGAUGCAGGCACUGCUUGUUUAGACAUUAAUGAAUGUGAUGAUUCAAGCCUGUGUACGAAUGGCGAGUGUGAAAACAACAAUGGUUCAUUUUCUUGCAUUUGUAAUGAAGGAUUUGAAAUCAAUGAUUCAGGUGAUCAGUGCCAAGAUAUCAAUGAGUGCAAUGGUGAUAAUGAAUGCACCGGGACUGGAAUAUGCAUGAACACCGAAGGAUCAUACACAUGUACUUGUAUUCCAGGAUAUCAACCCAGCCCAAGUAUGACUUCUUGUGAAGAUAUUAAUGAGUGUUCUAAUGAUCCUUCACUCUGUGCUAAUGGAAUAUGUGUCAAUACACAGUCAUCAUAUAUCUGCAUGUGUAAUGAAGGAUUUGUAGAGUCUAGCAAUGGACGAGCUUGUGAUGACAUAGACGAGUGUCUGGAAAGCCCUUGCGGUAAUGGGACCUGCACCAAUAACAAUGGAUCUUACACAUGUGCCUGUAAUGAAGGUUUUGAAUUGAGUAUUAAUGGCAGUUCAUGUUCAGAUAUUGAUGAAUGUGCUGGAAAUGUUAAUCCCUGUUUCAAUGGAACCUGUACCAAUACCAUCGGAUCAUAUACAUGCAACUGCAGCACUGGAUUUACUUUGAGUAAUGAUAGCAGUACAUGUGGGGUUUCAUGUGGUUCUUCUGUGUGUCAAAAUGGUGGGACAUGCACAGGUCCCAAUGUAUGUUCCUGUAUUACUGGAUUCAAUGGGUCUGUGUGUGAGAAUAAUAUAGAUGAUUGUUCCCCUGAUCCUUGCAUGAAUGGAGCAACUUGUAUUGAUGGUGUUGACAGUUUCAACUGUUCCUGUGUGUCUGGUUAUACUGGAAACCUAUGUCAAACAGAUAUUGAUGAAUGUACUGAGGAUUCAACUCUUUGUACCAAUGGAAGAUGUUUCAAUCUCAAUGGAACUUUCACCUGCAUAUGCAACGCUAAUUUCACAUUGACGAAUGGAAGUGCCUGCACUGCUAUCACAAAUGACCUUGCAACGAGUAAAGUGAGGGUGAAUAUUACAGGAACUACACUAAAUGAAGAACCAUUAGUAUACACUACAGACUUGACUAAUAGGUCAUUGGCCAUAUUCGUGGAAUUAGAAAUUAAAUUCUGUUUUGUGUUUAGGGAAUAUGUGAGGAACCUCUUGGGUCAACAGCUGGAAGCGUCUAAUUGCAUUGUGAUAGCAUUUAGCCAAGGCAGUGUGGUUGCUGAUAUAGAAAUGGAACUGGGUGCUGGCACCCAAGAUACUGCAGACGGACUUGCACUAACUUUAACUGAAAUGGCCAACAACUUUAGUGGAUCUUUAUCAGCUGAUGGACAAACCCUUGAUGCAAAUAUAGCAAUAAAUGUUCAAUGUGAUCAGACGAAUUGUCAGAAUGGAGGAUCUUGUACUACUUCAGGAGACCCAUGUGAUUGCCUGGCUGGUUUCAAUGGGGAUCUAUGCCAAAAUGAUAUCAAUGAAUGCCUGUCAGAUCCUUGCAUGAAUGGAGGGAAUUGCACGGAUGGGGUUGACUACUUCAACUGUACUUGUCCAGAUGGUUACAAUGGAACUAUGUGUGAAACAGAUAUUGACGAGUGUCAAGCAAGUAAUCCUUGUGUAAAUGGAAAUUGCAUGAAUAACAUGGGAUCUUAUACAUGCAACUGUAACAACGGAUAUGUGCUUAGUCCUGAUGGUAUAACAUGCAUUGAUAUUGAUGAAUGCCUUGGGGACAACCCCUGCGUCAAUGGAACCUGUGAUAAUACUAAUGGAUCUUACACUUGCAACUGUACUGUUGGCUUUCAGCUAAGUUCUAAUAACAGUACAUGUGAUGUUGAGUGUGGUAAUUUAGUUUGUGAGAAUGGUGGAUCAUGUAUAGACGGUAACUGUUCUUGUGUGGCGGGAUUCAAUGGAACUAUGUGUGAAAACAAUAUUGAUGAUUGUUUACCGGAUCCCUGUGUGAAUGGAGGGAAUUGCACGGAUGGGGUUGACUACUUCACCUGCACUUGUCCAGAUGGUUACAAUGGAACUAUGUGUGAAACAGAUAUCGAUGAGUGCUCAGGAACUAAUCCUUGUGACCAGGGCAAUUGCACUAAUACCAAUGGAUCAUAUACAUGCAGUUGCUACAGUGGUUUUAUGCAAAGCCCAGAUGAAAGUACAUGCAUUGAUAUUGACGAGUGUGCAGGAAAUAAUCUGUGUAUAAAUGGCACAUGCGACAAUGAAUCUGGAUAUUAUACUUGCACCUGUGAUGAUGGAUUCAUGUUAAGUAUUGAUAACAGUACAUGCAUUGAUAUUGAUGAGUGCUUGGAAACUAAUCCUUGUGGAAAUGGUACAUGUAGUAAUAACAAUGGAUCUUAUACAUGUAGCUGUGAUAAUGGUUAUGAGUUAAGCAUUGAUGCCAGUACAUGCAAUGAUAUUGAUGAGUGCUCUGGAUCUAAUCCUUGUGUAAAUGGUACAUGUAAUAAUAAUGAUGGAUCCUAUACAUGUAGCUGUGACUCUGGUUUUAUGUUUAAUGGCAGUACAUGCAAUGAUAUUGAUGAGUGUACUGGAUCUAAUCCUUGUGGAAAUGGAAGCUGUAGUAAUAAUGAUGGAUCCUAUACAUGUAUCUGUGACUCUGGUUUUAUGUUUAAUGGCAGUACAUGCAAUGAUAUUGAUGAGUGCUCUGGAACUAAUCCUUGUGUAAAUGGUGCAUGUAGUAAUGAUGAUGGAUCCUAUACAUGUAGCUGUGACAGUGGUUUUAUGUUUAAUGGCAGUACAUGCAAUGAUAUUAAUGAGUGUUCUAAUGAUCCUUCACUCUGUGCUAAUGGAAUAUGUGUCAAUACACAGUCAUCAUAUAUCUGCAUGUGUAAUGAAGGAUUUGUAGAAUCUAGCAAUGGACGAGCUUGUGAUGACAUAGACGAGUGUCUGGAAAGCCCUUGCGGUAAUGGGACCUGCACCAAUAACAAUGGAUCUUACACAUGUGCCUGUAAUGAAGGUUUUGAAUUGAGUAUUAAUGGCAGUACAUGUUCAGAUAUUGAUGAAUGUGCUGGAAAUGUUAAUCCCUGUUUCAAUGGAACCUGUACCAAUACCAUCGGAUCAUAUACAUGCAACUGCAGCACUGGAUUUACUUUGAGUAAUGAUAGCAGUACAUGUGGGGUUUCAUGUGGUUCUUCUGUGUGUCAAAAUGGUGGGACAUGCACAGGUCCCAAUGUAUGUUCCUGUAUUACUGGAUUCAAUGGGUCUGUGUGUGAGAAUAAUAUAGAUGAUUGUUCCCCUGAUCCUUGCAUGAAUGGAGCAACUUGUAUUGAUGGUGUUGACAGUUUCAACUGUUCCUGUGUGUCUGGUUAUACUGGAAACCUAUGUCAAACAGAUAUUGAUGAAUGUACUGAGGAUUCAACUCUUUGUACCAAUGGAAGAUGUUUCAAUCUCAAUGGAACUUUCACCUGCAUAUGCAACGCUAAUUUCACAUUGACGAAUGGAAGUGCCUGCACUGCUAUCACAAAUGACCUUGCAACGAGUAAAGUGAGGGUGAAUAUUACAGGAACUACACUAAAUGGAGAACCAUUAGUAUACACUACAGACUUGACUAAUAGGUCAUUGGCCAUAUUCGUGGAAUUAGAAAUUAAAUUCUGUUUUGUGUUUAGGGAAUAUGUGAGGAACCUCUUGGGUCAACAGCUGGAAGCGUCUAAUUGCAUUGUGAUAGCAUUUAGCCAAGGCAGUGUGGUUGCUGAUAUAGAAAUGGAACUGGGUGCUGGCACCCAAGAUACUGCAGACGGACUUGCACUAACUUUAACUGAAAUGGCCAACAACUUUAGUGGAUCUUUAUCAGCUGAUGGACAAACCCUUGAUGCAAAUAUAGCAAUAAAUGUUCAAUGUGAUCAGACGAAUUGUCAGAAUGGAGGAUCUUGUACUACUUCAGGAGACCCAUGUGAUUGCCUGGCUGGUUUCAAUGGGGAUCUAUGCCAAAAUGAUAUCAAUGAAUGCCUGUCAGAUCCUUGCAUGAAUGGAGGGAAUUGCACGGAUGGGGUUGACUACUUCAACUGUACUUGUCCAGAUGGUUACAAUGGAACAAUGUGUGAAACAGAUAUUGACGAGUGUCAAGCAAGUAAUCCUUGUGUAAAUGGAAAUUGCAUGAAUAACAUGGGAUCUUAUACAUGCAACUGUAACAACGGAUAUGUGCUUAGUCCUGAUGGUAGUACAUGCAUUGAUAUUGAUGAAUGCCUUGGGGACAAUCCCUGCGUCAAUGGAACAUGUGAUAAUACUGAUGGAUCUUACACUUGCAACUGUACUGCUGGUUUUCAGUUAAGUUCUGAUAACAGUACAUGCGAUGUUGAGUGUGGUAAUUCAGUUUGUGAGAAUGGUGGAAUAUGUAUAGACGGUAACUGUUCUUGUGUGGCGGGAUUCAAUGGAACUAUGUGUGAAAACAAUAUUGAUGAUUGUUUACCGGAUCCCUGUGUGAAUGGAGGGAAUUGCACGGACGGGGUUAACUACUUCACCUGCACUUGUCCAGAUGGUUACAAUGGAACUAUGUGUGAAGAAGAUAUCGAUGAAUGCUCAGGAACUAAUCCUUGUGACCAGGGCAAUUGCACUAAUACCAAUGGAUCAUAUACAUGCAGCUGCUACAGUGGUUUUACGCUAAGCCAAGAUGAAAGUACAUGCAUUGAUAUCGAUGAGUGUACUGGAUCUAAUCCUUGUGUAAAUGGUACAUGUAUUAAUAAUGAUGGAUCCUAUACAUGUAGCUGUGACUCUGGUUUUAUGUUUAAUGGCAGUACAUGCAACGAUAUUGAUGAGUGCUCCGGAACUAAUCCUUGUGUAAAUGGUACAUGUAAUAAUAAUGAUGGAUCCUAUACAUGUAGCUGUAACAUUGGUUUUAUGUUUAAUGGCAGUACAUGCAAUGAUAUUGAUGAAUGCUCCGGAACUAAUCCUUGUGUAAAUGGUGCAUGUAGUAAUGAUGAUGGAUCCUAUACAUGUAGCUGUGACAGUGGUUUUAUGUUCAAUGGCAGUACAUGCAAUGAUAUCAAUGAGUGUAUUGGAUCUAAUCCUUGUGUAAAUGGAACAUGUAUUAAUAAUGAUGGAUCCUAUACAUGUAGCUGUGACUCUGGUUUUAAGUUCAAUGGCAGUACAUGCAAUGAUAUCGAUGAGUGCUCUGGAUCUAAUCCUUGUGUAAAUGGUACAUGUAGUAAUAAUGAUGGAUCCUAUACAUGUAGCUGUGACAUUGGUUUUAUGUUCAAUGGCAGUACAUGCAAUGAUAUCGAUGAGUGUACUGGUUCUAAUCCUUGUGUAAAUGGAACAUGUAUUAAUAAUGAUGGAUCCUAUACAUGUAGCUGUGACACUGGUUUUAUGUUUAAUGGCAGUACAUGCAACGAUAUUGAUGAGUGUGCUGGAACUAAUCCUUGUGGAAAUGGAUCAUGUAGUAAUAGCAUUGGAUCUUAUACAUGUAGCUGUAACAAUGGUUUUGAGUUAAGCCUUGAUGCCAGCACAUGCAUUGACAUUGAUGAAUGUGCAGUAAAUAAUCCAUGUGUAAAUGGGGUAUGUAGUAAUAACAAUGGAUCCUAUACAUGCAGCUGUAACAGUGGUUUUGAGUUGAGCCUUGACGCCAGUACAUGCAAUGAUAUUGAUGAGUGUGCCGGAAAUAAUCCUUGUGUAAAUGGAAGCUGUACUAAUAACAAUGGAUCCUAUACAUGUAGCUGUGAUAGUGGUUUUGUGUUUAAUGGCAGUACAUGCAAUGACAUAGAUGAUUGUUCUACUACUCCUUGUGCCAAUGGAGGUACCUGUACUGAUGGAUUGAAUAGUUUCACUUGUUCCUGUGCUUCAGGGUUCAGUGGGGAUAACUGUACAGAUGUGACCUGUGGCACAAUUAGUUGUCAGAACGGUGGAACAUGUACAACCCCUGAACAGUGUGAUUGUGUUGCUGGUUUCAAUGGUACUAUGUGUGAGAAUAAUAUUGAUGACUGUUCUCCUGAUCCAUGUUUGAAUGGGGUUUGCGUUGAUGGUGUGAAUUCCUUCUCAUGUAACUGUACUACUGGUUUUACUGGAGACACAUGUCAAACAGAGCUAUGUGGUUCCAAUGCAUGUCAGAAUGGCGGAACAUGUGCAAAUGCAAAUACUGGCCAAUGUUCAUGUGUUACUGGUUACACUGGUAAUAUGUGUGAGAUAAAUAUUGAUGAUUGUUCUCCUAACCCCUGUGAAAAUGGAGGAUCUUGUACUGAUGGUCUCAAUUCCUUCACAUGUUCCUGUCCUACUGCAUUUACUGGAAUUACGUGUCAAACAGAUGUUGACGAGUGUGUUGAUUCAAGUCUCUGUACCAAUGGCAGAUGUGUUAAUCUUGCUGGCUCCUACACAUGUGUAUGCAAUAGCGGUUUUACAUUGACAAAUACAGAUUCUUGCACGGCUAUCUCAUCAUCCCUUGCUUCAAGUUCAAUAAGGAUUCGGCUAACGGGAGUAAGUCUGAAUGGUGUUCCUCUUACAUUCACUGCUGACUUAACAAAUAGAUUAUCAGCCUUAUUCAUGGAAUAUGAUACUUCUUACUGCUUCAUUUUCACAAACUAUGUAAGUGCAUCAUUGGCAAUUGGCCCUCCAAGUUGUGAAGUGGUUAGAUUCAGCCAGGGUAGUGUUAUUGGUGUCCUUGACCUUACAAUUGCCGCUGCAACCCAGACCUUAGCUGAUGAUCUUGCGCUGGAAGUAACAACACUGUCUACCAACUCUCUACAAGCAUCAUUUAAUGGUAUUACUCUAGUGGGAUCCUUUAAUGCUAAUGUUCAAUGUGAUCAGACGAAUUGUCAGAAUGGAGGAUCUUGUAUUACUGCAGGAGACCCAUGUGAUUGCCUGGCUGGUUUCAAUGGGGAUCUAUGCCAAAAUGAUACCGGCAAUUCAGAGCUGUCUGUUGGAGCCAUAAUUGGUAUUGCACUGGGAGUAUUUGGAUUUGUUAUCAUAAUAGUUGGCUGUGUCUGCUGUAUGUUCCUCCAAAGCUUCAGACAAAAUCAAGCAACAAAAGCCAUGCUCUCGGAUGGACGUUAUGACUAUCCAUCUUUCAAUAUGAAUGGCUCCUAUGAUGGUUCUGAAGAGUAUGAUUCUUUUGAAGGACGUCGUAUGGCUGUGGGUCAAGCUUUGGAUCGCCUUCGUGGAAAUGGAGCAAUGUAUAAUGGCAAUGGAAGAUCGCCUGAGGAAGGCCGCAAUUUCAGGACGCCAUACGUUGUCGGCGAUAGAGAUACGGAAAACGGAGUGGAGCGAAAUCCUGUCUACUUUUAAUUGAUGCAAAGUUAACUUUCUAACAGAGAACCAACAUGACAACUGGACAUAGAGCUAUAUAUCUAUGUUUUACAGAAUAAUUUUCUUUUUAUUUCGAGUAUUGUAGUUAAGAACAUCAAUCAUUUUCAUUCUUUUUUUUUCAUUUGGUUCAUAUAAUGACUCAUUUAAAUGGUUAUUUCUCCUUUUUAUAACCUAUUUGUUUUACAUCUGAUGUCUGUUUCUCCCUUUUUCAUGGCAUAUAUAUUAUACAACGUACAACUACCUAUUUAUCUAUUUGAAGGAACAUUUUUUAAUCAUUACAUAGAUUUGUCUACAUUCUGUCACAAUAUUUACUAUUUCUUUACAUUCAGUACUAUGCAAUUUUUUUAAAUAUUCAUUUUUGUAAAAAGAAAAAACAAUAUGGCGCGUAUUCUGAAGUCAGGUUUUAACUCUGUGCUAAAAUUAUGGGAAGCCAAAAGUGUCAAAAUUUUUAUCAAGUUGUAUGUUUCUUAUGUUUACUGUGCUCUUUACUGAUUCAUCGAUGGUGAAGACAAUCAUCUAUUUACACUUCCUAGACAAUUAUGAUUUAUUUGAGAGCCAAAUUAUCUAAAACAUUAUAUCUCUACUGUUAGUGAUUUAUAUAACAAUUGGCUAUCCAUACUUAAACCACAACUUGAAACCUGAGCUUAAGUUAAACCCGACUUCAGAAUUCGGGCCUAUGAGUCUUUUUAUUGAUUAAUGAAUGAUAUAUAGUUGUGGGUUUUUUUAAUGGAGAUAAUGUACUACAUGUUAGUGUAUUUGAGUUAAUCAAGGUUUGUAAAUUUAUCACUUUCCGUUUUUCCACUGUUACUUUAUAUGGAUGCCCACUUUAUAUGAUAAUAAUAUGGUCUUAAAUGAAUGAAAUCCCUUUUUCAUAAAUCUAUUAGUCAAUUCAAAUUUUAGGGGCUCCUUUGGCCUAAAAAGAGUAAAUGGGGUACAUUUUAUGGUUAAAAUACUGGGAUGGUUAAAAUACUGGAAUUCCAUUAAAACUGGAUGACUAUAGAUUAGAUGGUUCAGUAAAACAACCGUAGGCAUAAAUGUAUUUAGAAGAAUGUGCAAUGGAGUCAUCUCCUCAUUGUACAAUAAUUGAAAUUUCUGCUCAAAGAAUAUGAAAAUAUGAUUGAUUUACUGUUUUUAUGUUAAGGAUCCCAUAUUUGUAAUUCAUUCUGUAACAAGGGGCAUAUUUUGUGUACACAAGCACAUGUAUUCAAAUGUAAAAUGACAAUGAUUUUAGAUCACAAAAUACACAAGAAUAGCUCUAGAUAUCCAAAUCAUUACCUCUCUUAUUGCACAUUCAAAGUGAAUACAUGUGUGAUGUGUUACACAGAAAUAACAAAAAAACUCUACUUCCCAUACCUCAAUAUGUUACUUUUGACUUUUGAUGAAAUCUCUAGUCUUUAUUGCUAUCAUAUCCGUUAUAAUUUUAGGCUAGGUACUAAAGCAUAUUACUAUUUCAUACUACUCAUAAUUUGUAGAUUUCUGUUUGGAAGUAUUAUUACCUAUGACAUACACAGUAAUCCAAUCAUUGUUUUGUACAGUACUAUGGUUAUUAUGUCUUUAAAAUAGUACUGUCUCUUUUGCAGUUAUUUCUUUGUUCUGAAUACCAGGAAUCACACAUGAUUGGAAAGAUAUGUAUUUUAACAAAUGAUGUGUUUUCUAGUGCAGUAUCUUUUUGUUAAAGGCCUAUCACUACAGUUUCCAAAUCAGCAAGUGACUGUAAACUGACAUCUCUUUAUUAAAACUUUGUUAGUAUCAUUUACUUUGGCACAUGUUAUAUCUAAACUAUGAAAUUUUGUUGAAGGUUAACAAGUAAAGAAAAACUAAUACAGGGACUCAGUUUUAAGGGGAGUAAGAGUGAUCACUCGCUACCGCUCUCCUUAAUCCAUUUUUGGUAGAGCGAUUUAUCACUCGCCUCAGCAUUUGCUUAACAAGAGUGUCAGUCAAUGAUCAAACUGUUCAAGUCAACCUUGAAAACUUCAUUUGCUGUCAUCAAGGUUUUGUAAAUAACACACAAUUAUAUUGUAAGCAAUUAAACACACUUGCAAGAAUGACAUUAAAAAGUUUAAUGAGAUAAAUAUUGCAUAGAUCAGAUCUAUAUCUGAUUGUUUGUCUCCUUUGGUUGUGGGUUGUAACUUUAUUUAGUGUACAUUACUCCCUCCAUUUUGAAAUCGGACAAGAGAGCUCCCCUUGUAUGUCAAUUAAAGAAGAGCUUUUUGUAGUGCUCCCCUAAUGCUCCCCUUAAAAGUUUUAGGAGAGCUUUUUAUUGUUCCCCUCAUAAUGAUAAAACUGAGUCCCUGUUACUAAUAGUUGAAAUUAACAUUUUUUGCUGAUUUGAAGAACGAUAUGAUAAGUGAUUAAUUAAGACAUGUGUUAAUUAUAAUUAUACAAUUAUCUUUUUAUAUCUUUGAUUAUAUAAUGUUAUUAUCGAUAACAAUAAAUACCCAGAAUUUUCCAGUGGGAGCUGGAGCUUCAUAUUUAUACUGUUGUUCUAAAGGUGAAUGCAUGUGUUAAUUAUAUUAAACAAUUAUGGUUUUUAUUUCUUUAUCAAUACCCAGAAUUUUCCAGUGGGAGAUGUCUUCAUAUUUAUAUAACUCUCUUUCUUCAUUUUUGAUAUCUGAAAUAAAAUAUUACACAGUGGUAGAUUGCAUAAAUAUAUAUUGAGUUCAUGUGUGAAUAGU